AUGCUGCUGUGGACCGUGGCCACCAGGCAGAGUGGGGUUUCCCGGGAAAUGUUUCUGACCAUCGCCGUCUGGCUGGCUUGGCAGGAAACCUCCGCGGCGCCGACCCCUACGGCCGAUGACCUGAACCUGGGAGUUGACUGGCUGACUAAAUUUGGCUACCUGCCUCCUCCAGGCCCUGUCACAGGACAACUGCAGACCCAGGAAGAGCUUGCAAAAGCCAUCACAGCCAUGCAACAGUUUGGAGGCCUAGAAGCAACAGGGAUACUAGAUGAAGCUACACUGGAAUUAAUGAAGACACCUCGUUGCUCUCUACCUGAUCUUGCUGAGUCAGAGACCAGAAAGAAGCGGCACACUCAGGCUGUGACAAAGUGGAAUAAAAGGAACUUAUCUUGGAGAGUCCGCAUCUUCCCCAAAGAAUCCCACCUGGGCCAUGACACGGUCCGCGCCCUCAUGUACUAUGCCCUGAAGGUCUGGAGUGACAUCACCCCGUUGAAUUUCCACGAGGUGGCAGGUAACAACGCUGACAUACAGAUAGACUUCUCCAAAGCGGACCACAAUGACGGGUAUCCCUUUGACGGGCCUGGCGGAACGGUAGCACACGCUUUCUUCCCCGGAGACCAUCAUACCGCAGGAGACACUCAUUUCGACGAUGAUGAAUAUUGGACCUUCCGAUCAUCAGAUGCCCAUGGGAUGGACCUGUUUGCCGUGGCAGUCCAUGAGUUUGGCCACGCCAUCGGCUUGACCCACAUCUCUGCCUUAGAGUCUAUCAUGAGACCCUAUUACCAGGGACCGGUGGGGGAUCCCCUGAAGUAUGACCUGCCUUACGAAGACAAAGUCAGAAUCUGGCAGCUGUAUGGAGUCAGGGAUUCUGUGUCCCCAACAGCCAAGCCUGAAGUAACCAAAACUGACGACCACCCCGUUCUGCCAGAGCUGCCAGAGAACCGCUCCACUGUGCAGCUCAGAAGAGAUAUGCCCAACAGGUGCAACACUCACUUUGACGCUGUGGCUCAGAUCAGAGGCGAGGCUUUCUUCUUCAAAGGCAAGUACUUCUGGAGACUGACUCGCAAUAAACACUUGGUCUCCCUCCAGCCAGCUCAGAUCCACCGUUUCUGGCGGGGUCUCCCUCUCAAUAUGGACAGUGUGGACGCGGUGUACGAGAGAACCAAUGACCACAAGAUCGUGUUCUUCAAAGGAGACAGAUACUGGGUGUUCAAAGACAAUAACGUGGAGGAAGGAUACCCUCGGCCAAUUUCGGAUUUUGGCUUGCCACCGGGAGGCAUCGACGCUGCUUUUUCCUGGGCCCACAAUGACAAGACUUAUUUCUUUAAGGACAGUCUCUACUGGCGCUAUGACGACCAUGAGCGGAGGAUGGAUCCCGGCUAUCCUUCCGAGACCACUUUGUGGAAGGGCAUUCCAAGCACGUUAGAUGACGCAAUGAGAUGGUCAGAUGGUGCAACCUAUUUCUUCAGGGGCAAGGAGUACUGGAAAGUGUUGGACAAUAACCUGGAAGCAGAACCUGGUUACCCUCAGUCCAUCGCCAGAGACUGGCUGGUGUGCGGUGACAUGCAGUCUGAUUCUCCAGACUCAGCAGGGAGCAGCAGGACUGGGGCGCACUCCAAGCAAGGGCAGCACGACGAGAGCCGUUCGGAAAACGGCUACGAGGUCUGCUCAUGCACCUCUUCCUCAGAUUCCCUCUUGGCCCGCCCGGCACUCAGACUCUCAGCAAGCCUUCUGCUAGCAAGCGUGUGGACAGCAGCAGUGGCUUGCGCAGCACUAUGACAUCCAGUAACAUGGACAAGAAGACGUUACGGUGCUUCAGGGACUGGUGGUGGAUAGAAUCACACCGUGCUACACUGUUACAGCCGAAACAAACAUGCCUAGGAACGUGGCAGCGAAGGUUUCAAGUUCUCCAUGAGAAGUGAACUGGGUUUAUUUUUAUUUUUUAGUUAAAGGUCUAAUAAUGGACUGUGGGUUCUGCACCUUCUUAUUCCCCCAACCAGCUAAAGAAUAAAGACGUUGCUGAAUAUUAGUUACAAAGGUUCCAUAGAGAUGGAACACUCAGGGUGUGUAAGAACUGCCAAGUAGAGACGGCCUGGAUAUAUUGAAAGGCGACUCUGGUUUCAUGAAAACAAACCAGAUAGUGGUGAAACCCAGUUGUUAUUCCAGGAACAAAAACAGCCCCAGUGUAAGGCUAUGGGAAAGAUGCAACAGCUGUGCUGACAUUCAGUAAUGUAACAUAUGCAUCCAAGUGGAGGUAUGAGAUAGAAUGGCAUCUUGACUGCACUGGGCUUGAUUGCAAAGUGGUACAUUUCACAAACAAAUCUACGCUGCCAACUGAUGUCAAGCUAACCCAUGCCAGUUUCUAUAGAUCAGAAACAUAUUUGCCUUUAUAAAGGACGUGAAAGUCACCUUUGAUUCCAGAUGUUUAAAUGUAAGGGCUUCUCUGUUAAAUCUUGGCCACACAAACAUAGAUACCGUGGUCAGCAGCAGGUAUCGAUCCCCCUAUCUUCAGCAUACGCCUUGACUGCUCGAGCUAGAGUAGCUCUUUCAGCUCUGAGCAAGUAGCAGGCUGUUAUAAGCACUGAGUGCAGUCGUUCGGCUGAGAUGCAGUUACACACACGAAGCCAGUGUAAUCCACAUGCAUCUAACUUUUCUGCUCCCCUAAAUUCUAUUCUAGAUGUAUUUCGUGAUUGAUCGCUGUAUACAAAAAUCACAUUCGUUUAAGGCUUCCUUUGAAGGAUCUGUGAGGGACUAAACUUCGAAUUGUGGAUGCACGCGCUAGUUUUAAACGUAUUUUCAAAUAGCAUGUUCUGCUUUUUGGCUGGCUUCUUAUAUCAGCCAGACGCCAUUAUGAUACCAUCAGUUGUGAAUCAAUUAUUCUAUAUGCCACUGUCACUGUUUAAU